AGGUUGAAAGUAUUUCACAAAGGCAAAGUAAAAAACAGAACUUAUCCAACAUUUAACGCGUUUUGUUCUGAAAAGCAGAAACAGGAAGUGCUCUUUUUCAUACGUUUGCCCGCUUGACUGUCUUGAGGCGAGCUGUAAGACCUUCUGCGAUGGGAUGACGACUGUGCCCCGAUGUUUCCAGUUUGUGACAGUUUAUAGUGGCUGGCCACACUCACGGAGAGACUCGCAGAGCUCAUGUGGACCGGCGGACUAACGAAGCAGCCUGACACAGGAGCGCCGCGGGGGUCUGGAAAAUGGGAGCGGUGAAGUGAAAAACGGUCGAAGAGCGGUAUUUCUGGAUGAAAAGUACCAAAAGCAUGAUGACACAACUCCUUUGGCUUGGCCUAUCCCUGCUGGCCUCUGUCCAGUCCAGCACCGUGAAGAACUGCCACCCUGGCUGCCGCUGUGAGGUGGAAAGCUUUGGCCUGUUCGACAGCUUCAGUCUCACCAGAGUGGACUGCAGAGGGAUGGGACCAAGCACCACCAUGCCAGUCCCUAUCCCUCUGGAUACUACACACCUAGACCUGUCCUCCAAUUCUGUGGGCCCACUCAGUGACACAAUGUUAUCUGGUCCUGGCUACACCACCCUUGUUAGCUUGGAUCUUAGUAGCAACCACAUAACAAAGGUCAGCCCUAAUGCUUUGUCCAAGCUGCGUUACCUGGAGACUCUGGAUCUGAGCAGCAACAACCUGGAAAGCCUCUCCCCAAGCUGCUUCUCUGGCCUCCCUCUGGCUGAAGUUGACCUCAGCCAUAACAGCUUCCAGAACUUCAACAUGGACGUGUUCACUACCAAAGUUAACGCUGAACCUGUCAGUGUGGAUCUGUCCCAUAACCAGCUCGUGACAAUCUCUAUGACUUUUCAUGGAGGAGUUUUAAACAUUCAGAGCUUAAAUCUGUCAGUAAAUCGACUGUUGAGUGUACCAAAGCUGGCAGGACUUCCUUUAAGGUACCUCAAUCUGGAUAGUAACCCCAUCACCCACAUCAAGGAGGGAGCAUUUACUCAAAUGAAAGAUCUGGUGUAUUUGUCCAUCAGUGGCCUGCAUGAGCUUCAGGAAAUUGAGCCGUACAGCUUCAAGGGCCUCCAGAGCUUGCAAGUUCUGGAUCUCUCACACAACCCCAAACUUAAGACUUUGAGCCCUGCAGUUUUCAGUGGACUGGAAUCCUUGCAGGAGUUGAAUUUGUCUGGUUCUGGUUUGGUUACCUUACCAAAUAACAUGCUGACCCACCUGCCCAGUAUUAAGAGCAUUACACUAGGAAGAAACAUUCAAUGCUGGAAGACGCAGAAACAGGGACAGUUCCACCGACAGCUGGGUCAGGUCCAACACAACGACGUGCUCAACUGUAACGUAGAGGGGGUGGCGUUGUAAAGACAUGGCAUGUGUGCUAAUGGACCACUUCUUAAAAGAGCCAGUAUACUCCUCCAGGUCCUCUGGGUGAUGGAGUAACCUCUCAUACCGUUUUGUCUUCCAUUUCAGAGGGCUGUGUCCAACCGUUUUCAGUCACUUUGCAAUAUUAGGGUCUGACUGUCUGACCCACUUUUCUCACUUUCAUCCAUAUCUCUUUUCUUUUUCUUGACAGCAACAUAUGUAACUCAUCAUUUAAAAAGCUGCGGGUAACACUAAGGGAAAAUGUUCUUAAAAUACCGCCCUCACUGUAAAGGCUGGCUUUCACCUCUGCCUCCGAGCGUGUAGCGUUUAGACAACAAUAAACACUUUUUAUACUGAUGUUGUUAGACAGAAAGUCAUAUGAAGUAGUUAUUGCAUUAUAUCCAAGCCUUUAAUUGCAAUGCAAGUUGUGCCUUACCAGCUUUGAUAUGCAAACACCUUUUAUGUUGCACUCACCUUAUUACCCUAGUUUAUGUGAAACUGGAAUUUGUCUUAAAGAUGUACUGUUGCCUUUGUGAAGUUCUGACCAAAGUGCCAUAGACUCAAAACUAAUCUUGUAACAUAAGAUUUUCAGCAUUUCACCUGGCAAAAAAAUAACUAUAUAAUUUCCUUAUGUAAUCCUCAAUGGCAGGGAACCUCUCAUCAGUCUAAAACGUAGGUAGGUUAUGUGCUUCAUUUAAAGUGGGACCAUAUAAGAAAUGAUUUGCACUUGUUUCAGUUGAGGUAUUUUUUUGUUAAUGAUGCACUUAAAAAAAGUACGGAUGAGGAUUAGAGACACUGAAAAAAAGAUGUUUAAAGUUUUUUUUUAUUUUUUAUUCUAAGAUUAAAGUCAGAAUUUUAAUUUUAAUCUCAGAAUUCAGAGAAAAAAAUGUUUUUGCUCACCUGCCCUUCAAUUUUUUAUUUUGCAGUGACCCUAACCCUCUUCCGUAAUCAAUGCCUUAAUGUCAUCCAGUGUUUUACAAAGUUCUAUGCAUCAUUAACAAUACCCACACUGGAGAAUAUUCUUGACGACUGUUGACCACUAAUGUGUUUCAUUUGACUUUGAAUGUGAUGCUUUGUUAAAAUAAUUUACAAGAUAGUUUGAUUUUUUUGUAUCAACGUUCAAACUUUAGAUAAGGGAAGAUACCACUCAGACAUCUGGUUGCUAUUCAUGCAGCUUCAGCUAGUUACUCUGGCUUAGCACAAAGACUGGAUAUGACGCUCCAAAAAAGAACUGUAGCUCACAUAAGCCACAAGCUUUAACUGAACGUAACACCUAAGUAGGUUUGGUGCCUGAACUAAGUAAACAGUUUCUGAGAACUGUCAGAAUUUAAUAAAUUUUUUAGAUUAUUUUACAUCUAAGGGAAUUGUUUAGUUUUGGCUGAAUGUUGAUAUAGUUUUUAGCACUACUAAGCUCAGCAUACUGCUAUUUUAUAGAGAUACAAUGAUAAAGUUUCAGAGUUUAUCAGCAGUCAAGACAAAAUCAUAAGAGAAUCUUUAGACAAGAACAGUUGCAGUAAUGCUGCAAGGAACAAACCUAAGAUUAGGCACCAGUUGUUUCAUAAGAUAAAGCCCUGUUAUGUAAAGAGUAGAGAUAUAGAUUGUUGAUCAGAUGUAUUUUUCCGCCUAUAGAUACUAUCACGCUAACUUUCUACUUGUUUUCAGUCUUAGAGCUAAACAGCUGCUGGUUGUUGCUUCAUAUUUACCACACAGACUUCAGACUGGUAUCAACCUUUUAUCUAAUUCCAUGUAAAAGAGGAAAUAAAGAAGAAUAAGAGUCAAGUCUUAUGCAGUCCUAAGCUAACCUAUGGUCCUUAGCUACAUCCACAAGAUGACCGUUUCAAUACUUGCCUGUUUUUCCAUAAACACGUCUAAAUCUAAAUAAGUCUUUUUGAUAUGGUGCUCACUAAUCUGUGAUUUGUUUGUUUAUGAAACAGGAGCAAACAAAUAAUGACCUAGUUGACUGUGAGUUUAUUUUGACCUGCUAUCAAAUCCGGCUGAUUUCAAAACAAACUUGCCCAAUCAAACAGCUGUGACAUAUUUACUACUGAAUUCAGUAUAAAUAUAUCUUUACGGCAAAACAACAAGCUGCACUGUGCUCUUGUGUGCAGCCUUACCCUUGCAUUCCUGUGGCGUGUCUUUGGACCUGAGAGGAAGAUCAGCCGCAGUACUGCAUAUUCUGGCUUUUGACUGUCAAUGAUCUGCAAAGGCUUGGUGCCUUUGAUGCAAGACAUUUAAAAGAAAUACACCUUUCAGCAUUUUAAUUGAUAGAUAAAGCCUGUCUUCAUGCAGAAGUUUAUAUUUGUAUGUAUGUAACUAUAUUGUAUAUAAUUUUAUAUAAUGUAAAUGAAUCAAAUGUAUAAUAAAUUGACUAUUCUUACACUUGG